ACUUGAUAUAACCGCCGGUCAUAGAUAAAAGGCCGGAUCUGCUUGGCUUCACCAUUAUUCCUGUAUCUGUUCGCCUGAGCUUUACUGUACGUCCUAGCAACAUGGAUAUCCUACGGCAGUCGUACGCAUACGGCAAAUCACCACUGACCGCUACAUCACGAUCGAAACCAUACCACGCCUUUCUCUUCGGUGCGAGUAUCUCAAAAUCUCUCUCGCCGCUCCUCCAUGGCAUCCUGUUCAAGUCCGCCAAUGCAGUAUGGUCUUAUGAGAAGGUGCAGACGACUGACCGGUCAGCGUUCGAGGGUAUACUGGCCGCGAACGACACUAUCGGCUCCUCCAUCACGAUGCCCAACAAGGUCACCUUUGGCAGUUCCCUUGAUCAUCUCACGGAAGAAGCUAGAAUCAUCGGCGCAGUGAACACGUCAUUUGUCCGGACUGCACCAGACGGCCGUCGAGUCCAUAUCGGAACGAAUACAGACUGCGUUGGCAUCCGCGAGGCGAUUCUACAGCGAUAUCCGACGGCGCCUUCAACAUCCAAAGGGAAGCCAGCUAUGGUGGUAGGAGGGGGAGGAGCAGCGCGCAGUGCCAUCUACGCGCUCUGGAAAUGGUUUGGGUCAUCCGAGAUCUAUAUUUCCAACAGGCUCGACUCAGAGGUGGAGGAUAUCGUGCAAUAUUUUCGACAGGCAAUUCCAGGAAUCCAACUGAGACAUCUUGACUCUGUUGACAGGGUGAAACAACUACCAGCGCCAUAUAUAAUUAUUGGGACCGUGCCGGACUAUCCCCCGACGGAGCCGGGUGAGAUCCUCUGUGCGGCAAUCUGCGACGCAGUCUUACGGAAGCCGCAGAAAGGGCUGCUUAUGGACAUGUGCUACAUGCCCUCUCCGCAGACAAAGCUGUUGAGGACAGCAGCGAACAAAGGGUGGGAGACAGUGCCGGGGACGGAUGUCCUGGUGCGAGUAUGUGUGGCCCAACAGACGUUGUGGGUUGAAGAAAUGCCGAACGAAGCGGGCAUCAAGCAAGCACUGGCAGCGAUGAGUGAAAAGACAAAAGCCCAGGUAGCCAAACUGUAGGUCCAAAGCACAAUCCAAGAUAAUUUUCCGCUCCAUAUACUUUGUAACCGAGGGUAGUGUUUCAUCCCCGCAAACCGGACUGUAAAUCAAUGCA